CGUUAAUUACGUUAACUACGGGAGCUACAUGAAUUUGUGCCUCAGGCAUCAAUAUUCUGCCCGUUUCAUUCGCGGCAACGGGAACCACGAACUGCGAGGUUACACCUUCCAGUCAGGAAACAGCUGGUAGCUUUUGCCAGGGCCUCGUCAGGCCAAGAAUACCGCCACGAUGCCGAUUCCCUUCGAGACCCUGAUUCCCUACGGAAUCAUCAUCGCCAUGUUUGGCGUCACGGGCGCUGGGCUGAACAAGAUUAAGAACAUGCAAAGUGGCGGCAAGAGACACAGGUGGUCAAUUGACCAGUGGGACAGACAAAUGAUGGAUCGCGACAGGAGGCUCACGGGGUAUUUGCGAGGGCAAACAGACAACCCCAUAGCGCCGCCUGGGUUCGAGCUGAACAACCCCUGGAGAGUCGAGAAACGGAUGUCAUAGAACGAGGAAGACAAAACAACUUGCUGUGGGAACGGUGCACUGUUAUCCGCGGGAACCCCGAGA